CUUGAAUCUAUUUUAAUCAAAAAUAUUAUUAGUUAUUGAGAUCAUGAAUUUGCCAUGAAUUUGCUAUGACUUGUAUGAUCAUCUCCAACCGUAAAAUCUCAUUUUUCAUUCCAAAUUACAGUAACUAUUCAAAAUUUAGUAAUUCAUCUUCAAUAUCUAUUUCUUAAUUUCCAUAUACUCCGGUUUUCAAAAUUUGAAUUUAUUUCUUUCCUCUCCAGCUAUGCGCUCUUCUUCCACGGCGAUCCGGCGGCGAGAAAGCGAUGGAGAUUCCGAUGCGGCCAAUACUAUCCACCAUACUCUCCGUCUCUUUCGCUCCCUCUGUCGCCAUCUCUCUCUCCGUGCAGAUCCAUGCCUGGCGGCGAUCGCUCCAAUCCGGCGAGUGGAUCUGAAGGCUGCCGACAUCCUAAAGGCCAACGGUCGGUUGCCGGACCACCCUCCACCACCGCUCGUCGGCGACGUACCAGGCGUCGAGGUCGGAGACGAGUUCAUCUACCGCAUUGAACUCGCCAUAAUCCGCCUCCACCGCCCGCCGGAGAAUGGUAUUGACUACGAUACCGUCACCGGUUUCGCCACUAGCAUCGUUGUCUCCGACAGGUACUUGGAUAGCUGGAACGUAUCGGAUGGAUUGCUUUCGUAUAUCGGCAUGGGAGGAUUUGGUGGGAGAAAGGUGGAGCCGAAGGAUCAGAAAAUGGAGAAAGGGAAUCUGGCGCUGAAGAGGAGUAUGGAUGCGAAGAAGCCGGUGAGAGUAAUAUAUGGAAUUAGGUAUUUCAAGCGGAAUACGGCGUCGAUAUUUUUCUAUGAUGGGUUGUAUAUUGUUGAGGAGUUGAAGAAGGUGAUUGGCAGUAAUGAUUGCUUUUUGUUUGAGUUUCGGUUGCGGAGAAUGGAAGGGCAGCGGCGUUGUGAGAAGUGGGAGACUCUGUUUGAGAAGAAGAAGGUUUGGGGAUGGAAGCAGCUUCGACCUGCCUGUGAUUCCGGGAAGAAGGUUUUAGCGAAGUAGCUUUGGUGCUUAGGAAAGUUUUAAUUAGGAAGGUUUUUCCUUUUUUGGGGGAUUUACAUACAUACCACUAUAUAACACUCAUAUUACAUAUUUAACACCUCAAACUUAAAUAUUUCAUUUUUACCACUCAAACACAAAUAUAAAAUCAAAAAUACCACUCCGUAGGCACAAAACUCACUCCGUCUGUUUCGUCCCCUGUGAGCACUGCUUUCUUGCGAAAGCUGCAUCAACCCCCAACGCAACUGCUGCAACUGGAUUCCUCUUCCCAGCGAACUCCUUCCUUUGCUUGUCGUUUUCUCCACCGGUUUAGGGUUUCUUCAACAAAACAACAGUGAAAUCCCGGCAAAAUCCGCUUCUUAGUGAAUGUUUUAAUGUCUCUAAUUGAAUGUCGUCAAAAUCUGGAUGCU